UGCAAGCCGGCUCGCAUAAGAAGGUCGAGCUGGAGGGAGGAGAGCCGCUGAUUGACACGGUUGCGAUGGCGACAGCGGCCGGGUCAGCCCCGCUGGAUUCAGCACCGCGGCCGCUCCAACUUCAGCACCAAGGACAGCGACCGCCCGCUGCAGCCCAGCCAGGUUCAGCACCGCUGUCGGCACUCCGACUUCAGCACCAGGGACAGCGACCGCCCGCUGCAGGCGCUCCAACUCCAGCACCAGGGACAGCGGCCACCCGCUCCAACCACACACACUACAUCCUGAUAGUCAUCGGCGAGAUCAGCACAGAUGACCAGCUGCGGGCAGCAAUCCUCCACGUUGAGCAAGGCGUUCGCUCCUGGGAUGUGGACCUGACCUCCUUUGACCUUGACCAGCAGCUGAGGCACUUUGUGACCAGGCAUUCGGCUCAGUUCUCCAGCGAUGUAAGAGGCCAGAAGACCCUCCACCACAGGAGCGAUGAGCUGGAAUCCGUGGUCCUGGUAAACCCCACAGAGCACACUGUCGCCUCUGAGGUUCACGCUCUCGUGACUGACCCGUCCCAGCACAAGCUCCUGAUUCUGUGCGGGCAAACAACAGAACACGGAGGAGACCUGAUACUACAGACUGGGACGUACACCUUUCAAAGAUUCGUCGAGACCUUCGCAGACGCUGAGGUGACGGAGCUGUUGAGCAGCGCUGAAGCCGAGGCCAGGGCUUGCAUCACCAUUUGCCACCCUGGCGAGGGAGACUGGAACAGCCUCAAGCAGCACAACCUCCAGGGAUUCAUCCACCUCAAGCUGAACCCAGCAGCCACACUGCCGGAGAUGGAUGGGGUCUCGGAAUUCACCGAGUACCUGACCGAGUCGGUGGAGGUCCCCUCGCCCUUCGACCUGCUGGAGCCCCCCACCUCGGGUGGCUUCCUCAAGCUGUCCAAGCCAUGUUGCUACAUCUUCCCCGGUGGCAGGGGGGACUCCGCGCUCUUCGCCGUCAACGGCUUCAACAUCCUGGUGGAUGGCGGCUCGGAGCGGCGGUCGUGCUUCUGGAAGCUCGUCCGCCACCUGGACCGGAUCGACUCCAUUCUCCUCACGCACAUCGGGGCGGACAACCUGCCCGGCAUUAACGGGCUGCUCCAGAGGAAGAUCGCGGAGCAAGACGAGGAACAGUCGCAAGGCUCCACCACGUACAGUGACUGGAUCAAGAACCUCAUCUCCCCGGAGCUGGGAGUGGUCUUUUUCAACGUGCCCGAGAAACUAAAAAUGCAGGAACCCUCUAUGAAGGUGAAGCGGAGCAUUGAGGAAGCUUGCUUGUCGCUACAGUACUUGACUAAGCUGGGAAUCAAAGCCGAGCCCCUCAACAGAGUCGUCGGGGCCACUAUUGACCCCAUCUCCCUGUUCCACAAAAUGGGCGUUGGGCGAUUGGACAUGUACAUCCUCAACCCAGUCAAAGACAGCAAGGAGAUGCAGUUUCUGAUGCAAAAGUGGGCAGGGAACAGCAAAGCCAAGACUGGCAUCCUCCUGCCCAACGGCAAAGAGGGCGAGAUUUCAGUCCCAUAUCUCACGUCCAUCACGGCCCUGGUGGUGUGGCACCCUGCCAACCCUUCCGAGAAGAUAGUCCGGGUCUUGUUCCCGGGCAACGCUCCACAGAACAAGAUCCUGGAAGGGCUGGAGAAGCUGAAACACCUGGAUUUUCUCAGGUAUCCUGUGGCUACGCAGAAGGACCUGGCUGGAGGCAUCACCCCGCCCGCGGUGAAGCAGACCAAAGUGCGGCAGAGAACCGACAGCAAGGAGAGCCUCAAGUCCUCGCCCAAGCCCGCCGCGCCCAAGGCAGCGAGGAAGGAGGAGGCAGCCGAAGAAACGACGGCAAAGCACCCGGAGGUGAAGACGGAGCCGUUGAGAGAGAACAAGCUGGAGAAGAAAGAGGAGAAGAAGGCAAAGUCGGAGGUGGAGAAAGCCGCGACGGACGCCAUUAAAACGGAAAAGAAAAAGUUGGCCAAGGAGAAAACGGUCAAGAAACACGCCAAGGACAAACUGGCAAAGUCGGAGGAGAAGAAGGACAAGGAGAAAAAAGAAAUCAAAAAAGAAAAGAAGGAGGUGAAGAAAGAGGAUGUGAAAAAAGAAGAGAAAAAGGAGGUCAAGAAAGACGAGAAGAAGAAGGAGACAAAGAAGGAAUCGAAGAAGCUGGUCAAAGCGGACUUGAAGCCUUUCACUCCUGAAGUCAGGAAGACUCUACACAAAGCCAAGUCCCCAGGCAAGAAAUUAGACUCGGCCAAAAGCAAAGUGGCUAAAGAGGCGGUGGAGGCAAAGAGUGAGUCAAAAUUGGCCAAGAAGGUCCCGACAGAGGCCACCACUGUGCAGUUACAGGAGGAGAGGUCCGUCAUGUCUUCACCAGAGGAUCUGUCCAAGGACUUUGAGCAGCUGCGAACUGAAGAGGCGGCCAAGGUCCCAGAGGAGAUCGCCACGGUGACGGCAGCGGAGGGGAGACCACCGGACCUGCCCGACGUUGGUCCUCGCCAGGAGGAGACCCCUGAGCCACCCGCCUCCGACACCAAACCCUCUCCCGAACCUCCGGGCAAGGGAAUAAUCCCACCAGCCGCGGAGGACAUCCCGCCUCCCGAGGUCCUCCAGCCCGAGUCUUCGAUGGAGAAGGUUCUCGAAGAUGAGGGCGCUGCGUUGGAGGAGUCUCUGGAAAUGAGCGAGUUGGAAGAAAAGGUGGUGAGGACAGGGAAGGAGGAGGAGGAAGGAUUUGCUCAGGAUGGACUCGAAACCCCACGGGAUGAAGUGGGCGAGGAAUAUCCGUCUGAAGAGCAGGUCGGACUUCCAGAAGGAUUGGGAAAAGAGUUCGGAAGGAAGGAGGAAGAGGAGGAAAUGGAGAAAUGCGAGAGGUACAUUGAAUCAAUGGAGACGAGGGAACAGAAGGAGGACAGCGAGGUUGAAGAGGUGGUUGAGAAGGCAGAGCUGGAGGAAACAGUGGAAGGUGUUGAUGAAGAUAAGAAGGUGAAAGCCAAGGAAAAGGAAGACGCACUCUCCGAUGAGCAACAAGUCGCGAUACCCCCCAUUGAGAAACGAGAUGAAGACUUACCCGAGCGCGAUUUGCCCGCAGCUGAGGAGAAGCAAACUCCAACACCGGAUGCCAAAGUGGCGAAGACCAAGGAAGAGCCGAUGCCAACGCCCGUGUUGCCCGCCCCUGGCGCGGUGGGCGAGCCCGUCUCCUACAUCCAAGACGAGACCAUCCCCGGCUAUUCGGAGACGGAGCAAACAAUUUCGGACGAGGAGAUACACGACGAGCAAGAGGACCACAUGUCCCACCUGAAGUACGAGGUGGACACUUACAACAUCUCCGUGCCGGACGACACCAGGUCCUUCGACGCCGUCCACGGGAUGAAGGAGAUCAGAGCCAUGGCGGCCAAGGGCUUUGUGAGGAUGGAGCCCGAGAUAGUGGUCUACCCCUCGGAGAUGGCAGCGGCUCCGCUCGCUGAGGAGGAGCACAUCUCCUCAGCGGCUUCCAUCACCGAGUGCGAUAAGCUGUCUUCCUUCGCCACCUCCGUGGCCGAGGACCAGUCGGUGGCCUCGGUGACGGCGCCUCAGACUGAGGAGACGGGGAAGAGUUCCCUGAUGCUGGAUACCGUCAACAGCAUGGCUUCCUCCAGGACAGAGGCCACCCAGGGCAGGGAUUACAUCCCGUCAGCGGGCACCAUCUCCCCAACAUCCUCGCUGGAGGAGGACAAGUACUUCAAGUCCCCGCCUUCCGAAGACUUCCGCCCCAUUGCCGAGGCGGUUGCGAAGAUGGGGGAAUGGGAGGAAGAAGAAGAAGAGGAGGAGGAGGAGGAUGAUGAGGACCAGACGCCCAAUGUUGAGAUCCCCACCAAACUCAAAGAACAAUACACGGCCAUGUUCCCAGAAAUGGGCACGCCGGCGCCUUUACCAGCGGCUGAGUUUACCGCUUACGACCAAACCACGGACCUUCAGGGCGUGGACAACAAGCCCAAGCAUUCCUUGCACUUCGAGGAUGACUUGCCGGAAAGCAACGGGAAGUGCAUCAGCCCCGACGAAAGCACGGUGAAAAUGGCCUCGCCAACGCAGUCGGGACCCACAAGCGCCGGGCACACGCCGUUCCACCAAUCGCCCGUCGAGGAGAGGACCGACUCCGUAGAGACGGAACUGGAGGACCAGGCUACACAGGAGGCUUCACUCUUCACCGAGGAGCCACUUCGAAGCGAAGAUUUGUCAAGCCCGGGGCAAAGUCCACUUGGCGAGCUCCCACCCAAGCCUGUCUCCCAGGGCGAACUCGCCCUGCACUCUGACGUCUUCCAGCCUGGCCCGACUUCAAAAGAGGACAUGAUGCACUCUCCGGAGUUCCGAGCGAUAGAGAAGAUGGAGAAAGACGCACACGAAACGGAACACACUGCAACUGAGAAGAUGGAGAGGGACAUUCAGGACUGGAAGCCUGCCCUGCCUAAGGCGGAAAUACCCGAGGAGAAAGAGCCUGCCGCUGGAAAGGUUCGGGACGAGUUCCUCAAGGAGAAAGAGGACAUUGGAAAGAUGGAAGAACCAGCAGAGAAAUCUGCAACUCCUGAAGUCGUCCCAACAUCUAAACCCACAAAAGGUGAGACGUUGUCUUUGGACGUUCUCAAGCAAGAACCAACAUCUAUCGAAAAGACGGACAAAGAGGAACCGUCCACCGUUCCUGACAAAAUGACGAAAGAAAGUCCGGAGAAACAACCAGCGGCCGCUGAAAUAGUCGAGCAAAAGGCGAUCUCUCCUGACGAGGCAAAGAGCGAGGAGGAAGACCUGGCGAAGAUCUCGCUUGACGUGGGAAAGAGUGAGACAGUGAGAAGUGAGAAAGACGACUUGGACAAGAGACCUGGCGACGUUGGGAGCGUUGAACGAGAAAUAUCCGACAAGAAGUCCAUCGACGAUAAUAAAGUCGAGCAGAAAGAAUUGGAGAAGAUCUCUCUCGAUGUUGGAACCGGUGAGAAAGUGGAAUUGAAGCACAAGACUUUCGAAGAUGAGCACAUGGACAAAGAUUUGCAGAGAAGAGCUGGAGAUACUGACAAAAUUCUUCACGAGGAAUUGGAGAAAAUGUCAACUGAUGUUGGCAAGAGUAAGAAGGAAGAAUUGAAGAAGGAGGAAUCGGAAAAGGAAGUCUCCAUUCACCAUGGAGAGGAGGAUAACGAGGAAUUAAAGUCAACACCUUUUGCCGUUGAACACCUGGAAAAGAUUGACCAUGAGAAGAAAUCUAUGGAUGCUGGAACAUCCAAACCUGAGGAAUUAGGAAAAAUAUCUAUUGAUUUUGGAAAGAGUGAGAAAGAGGAUAUGGAAAAGGCACCUGGAUAUGUCGGAAAGGUUGAACAAGAAAUGCAGGAGCAGUCUAUUAGUGAUGGUAAAACUGAAGACAAGGAAUUGAAAAAGAUGUCCAUGGAUAUCGGAAAGACUGAGAAGACAGAAAAUGGGAAGAAGGAUUUGGAAAAGAUACCUGGAGGUGUUGUGAAGAUUGAAGAAGAGGCAGCAGUGAAGAAGCCUGUUGGCAACGGAAAGAUGGAACGUGAAGAGUUAGAGAAGGUUCCUGUGGAUGUUGGCAAGAGUGAGAAAGAGGAUUUGGUAAAGGGAACUGAGGGUUUUGGGACAGUUGCACAAGAGACACCAGUGAAGAAGUCUAGCGAUGAUAUUAAGAUGGAAGACAAGCAUUCGGAGAAAAUCUCUUUAGAUGUUGACACGACUGAGAAAGUGGCAAGUGAGGGAGAAGACUUGAAAAAAAGCCCUGGAGUUGUGGAAAAAACUGAACAGGAGGUCUCGGAGAAGAAAACCAUUUGCGAUACUGAGAUCGAACACAAGGCAUUGGAGAAGACCUGUCCGGCUGUUGGAAGGAUUGAACAGGAGGAGCUGGAACAGGAAUCGUUCGACAUUGACAAGGCAUCGAAACAGGACGUGGCGGCUGAAACGGGAAAGAAAGUUGAGGACGUUGAAAAGGUGGAUAAGUUACUUCCAGAGAAAACUGCUGACGGGAAGGAAAAGGACAUCUUCCCGUCAAAGCCUCCAGAUGCGCUGGAAAGUGGCAUCGUGGCUUCUGGGAAAAUGGGACAAGAUCCAGAAAAGAGACCUGCGGAUGUGGAGAAGACGGAAAAGUUUGUACUGGAAAUGGAACGGACAACAGGGAAAGUGGACAAGGACAUAGAACAAAAAGUCUCCGUGGAAUCGAAGGACAUGCAAGAUAAACUGCAGUCGAUCACCCAGAAAAUCUCCAGUGGUGAUUCGGAACAGGGCUAUGCAGCAACUGAAGAUGUCCAUUUCACAUGUGGAUACUUGCCAAUUGUUACACCAGGUACAUACCUCAGUGAGGUAGAAGACAAAUUAAAAGAUCAAGCAGAAAAAAUAGCCGAGGCAAUCUAUUCAUCCGAAGAUGAAGAUCUAUCUGAUAUUAUAGAGCUGAUGCCAACCACAGGGAAGUUCUCAAAGCCAAUAGACAAAGAAGAACUUUCAAAGCAACCGAUUUCCAAAGACAUGACCCCAGCUGACAGUAAGGGCGUGGAGUUAAAAGAGACCAAUGUCCUCAACAACUUGUUGCCACCUCUGUACCCAACGUGCGAGCCUGUGGCAGAUGUUUCCACGGGUGGAAUGACGCCGAAGGGACAAGUAACGGAUGAAGCAGAGCCGGAAGGCAUCGCCGCAAAACUACACACGGGGGAAGAACCCCCACACACCAGCCCCCCUGGGGAGCGAGUGUCCCCUUCAGAAACAGACGUGCGUUUCAGCAGUGCAGUGAUCGCCGACACACAACCUCCAGUCGAUUACAGCAAAUGGGAUCCAACUUCCUACCAAUAUUACUUGCAAGAGGACACCAAAGUUACCACCGCUCUGUCCCAAACGCCAUCUCCCGAAGAUCUGCCGAGCGAGAUAUUUAUGGCCGAGGAUCGGCUAGCCGGGAGCAAAGACAAGGAGACGGGCAGUGAGGCCAAGUAUUCUUACUACACCGAGGAGUGGAAGGAGUCUACUGGCGGGUUUGACUAUUCUUGGAGCGUUGAGCAAGGGAGCACGCCUGCAUCCGAUGGUGCCUUUGACAAAGCCUCAGAGUCAAAGCCUUUGGCCGCGACUGCCCCACAUCCAGAGGACUCGUGGACCGCAGCCAAGUCCACGCUCCCUGCCGACACCACCACAGUGGGGACAAUUCCCAGCACACCCAAAGAAUCAGCUGGAGAGGAGGACGUAAAGAAGUUGGGGGAAAUCCCGAGAGAAGAGGAGAGGGCAUCUCAAGAACGUGCGUACCUUCCGCCAGAGGGGAGUGUACCCACUGACGUACUGAGAGAAAGCACGGCCCUGACUUAUGGGAAGGUCUUCACCUCUGAUGAACACAUCUUCAGCCGGUCGACUCCUUCUCCGACCGACGAACAAGACGUUCCUCUCACUCAGCUGGACUGCCACGCUGCCAUCUUCUCCGAGGCUAAGUGGAGCGGCACUGGGCUUCACACCGAGGACCCCCACACCUCCGCGAUGAAAGGAUAUUCCUCGACGGAGGGAUACAAGGACCUCGACGCUGGGAUGAAGGCGUUUACUUGCGCCGAGGUGGACAAGACAAGCACGGUCUCGGGCCUCGAGGACCUCAGCGAGCCACAGAAGGAGGUUGAGCCUCUGGGCUUCCACCACCUAUCGCGGCAGCUGGACUCACCGUUCGAGGUGGCAUGGGAAGCCAAGGAGACCGAGAGAGAACCUUCCUCACAAAUAGAGAAGGAGCCCUCCCAUUCUCCCGAACCCACGACACAGGUGACACCCGCUGAGCAGGAAGCAAGGACAGCGGGAUACUCCGAAAUCCCAGAACCUCCCACGACUCUCCCCCCGACCUCCAGAGACAUCUUGGCCACCUCUAUGUGGUCGGACGCCAAGGGCAAGGAGCAUUCUGGAGCGACACUGGAGCACAGCUUGGGCGAAGAUAUCCAGGCCGACUCCCUCAGCCCCGUCUCACCAGAGGGAAGGAAGACGUCGGGUCUCAGCAGCCCGGAGUCCAAGGACAGCCUGUCGCCCUCGCUACCCUACGCGGUGGCAGCGCGGCCGGACGCCAACGUGUUUGGGAUCGGCGCCGCCAGGCAGAGCGAGCCCGACUCCAACAUCCUGAGCUACUACGAGAAGGAGGCGGAGGAGAGCAGCAGCGACUCGGAGCUGGAGAAAGGCGCCAAGGAAAAGUCGGAGAAGGAAACACCGGCGGGAGAGCAGUGGGACACGGGGAAAGCUCCGGGUCUCGGAGCGGGAGCGGGAGCAGAGGGGCGAGCACGCACGGUGUCUCCGUGCCCGGAGCAGUGGCUGGAGGAGAGACCUCCGGAGCAGAGCCCGGCCAAAUUGGAGACGGACCACACCUCGCCCGGACAGGUGGAGCGCGACCUCCCUUAUCCAAGUGACCACAAGGACGUUCUGCACUAUGGACUUGACUACCCCAGCAGGAGAGAGGAGGAGAUGGCCUCCACCACCGGAGAGAGCUCUACCAUGGGUCAAUUGGAGGGCACUGGGAGAGAGGAGGAGCAGAGACCCAGUAAAGACACGCACCUCGAGGGGCAGGUCAAGCUGCCAUCCCCUGACUUGGACGUCCCACGAACCACUGCCCAACCAGAGCACUUUGACCACUCCUCCACCACCAAGGAGGCCAAGCCCUCUGGUGCUCAGUUGAAAUCCUCUUCCCACAGCGAGGAGAGAACGUUUGCAGCCCCUCUCCCACCCGAGGCCACAGGGGUGAAGGACGAAUAUUUGGAAGUAUCUCAACAAGGGGGACCCACCCACGAGCUCACGACCCGCCCGCAAGGAACAGCGCCCGAUGUCCAGGGUGGUCCGGAGAUCCGACCCGUGGGGCAAGAAGUGGCCGCGGGGACGUUCCCCUCCCUGACCGCCGGCCCCCCGGCGCGGAGUCUUGUCGAGGUUUCGCCGCUGGUUCCUGCCGACGAGGCACCGUGCCAGGCAGCCGAGAUGGAGGAGCCAGGCCAGGCCCCCACCGAGCACAGCCCAGGCUACCUCUGCGACAUUGAGGACUCCACCUUGUCCUGCAGGGUCGAGUGCCAAAGGUCGGCCCCCAAACCCGAAGGAGAAGGGACGGAGACAGCUGCCGAGGGGGUGAAGGCCGUAUCGGGGACAGAGGAGCCUCAGGCCUCGGGCCUACCGCCCAUGCUUUCAGGCCCUGAGGUGGCGUCGGCCAAUGGGCCUGCCGAAACAGGCUUCGCCUCAGCGCCGGCCCGGAGCCCACCAGCGAGGGACAAGGCCUCGGGCGUUGCCGUGGAGACGGGACCGGCUGCCCGGCCUUCUUCGAUCGCCUCGUCAGAGCGGGGCUCACCCUGGCCCUCCAAGGACGACCUGUCGCCCUCCUUCAUCAACCCCAGCCCCCAGCCAGAGUUGGAAGGGGGUGCGGUGGAAGGGAGCGGCCCCCAGAGCCGGCCUCGCGCUCCCAGGCACCCGCGGGGGGCCCAGGACAGCCCGCCCACCUCCGGCAGCGAGUCCCCCCCCCUCAACUCUGACUCCGACGUGCCCCCCGAGACAGAGGACUGCCCCUCCAUCACGGCCGAGGCCCCCAUCGACUCGGACGAGGACGGAGACGUCCUGCCCGUCGACAAGAACAGCGGCCACGGCCCGGACCCCCUGCCCGCGCCAGCCGCCGACCCCCAGCCGCUCCCCCCUCGCCCUGAUGUCUGCAUGGUGGACCCCGAGGUGUUGGGCCUCGAACCGGUCAAGCCGCUGAAGAAGGAGUUGAAGGACAAGGCCAAGGGUGCCCGCAAAACGGCCAAGUCCAAGGCGGCCUCGCCGGGCCGCAAGCUGGACCCCAAGACCAAGCACCCCGCCAAGCCCGCCUCGCCCAAGGAUGCCAGCGAGAGGUCCCCCAAAGCCGCCUCCACCAAGAAGAAGGAGCGGGAUGCAGCGGAGAAACCCAUCCGGGCCUCCAGGGCCAGCGAGACCCAGGCAUCACGGGCCGAGGACAGGGAUGACAUCUCCAGGUCCAGCCAACCCACCUCGGGCAAGGCCCUGGUCAACGGCAUCAAGCCUUCCUCAGCUGGCGGCAGUACAAAGACCAGCUCCGGCGUGCCCGCUGGUCCGCCCGUCUACGUGGAUCUGGCCUACAUCCCCAACCACUGCAGCGGCAAGAACGUGGACCAGGAGUUCUUCAAACGCGUCCGCUCCUCCUACUACGUGGUGAGCGGCAACGACCCUGGAAGCGGGGAGCCAAGCCGAGCCGUGCUGGACGCGCUGUUGGACGGCAAGUCCCAGUGGGGGAAUAACCUUCAGGUGACAUUAAUACCGACACACGACACGGAGGUCACACGAGAGUGGUACCAGCAGACCCACGAACGGCAGCAGGAGUUAAACAUCAUGGUGCUAGCCAGCAGCAGCACGGUGGUGAUGCAGGACGAGUCGUUCCCGGCAUGCAAGAUCGAGUUUUGAGCCGCACCCAACCUCUCUCUCUCUCCCGGCCCAACGGGGAAAACCUGCUUCAUCAUUCCGUUCCCACACUAAUUAUUUAUUUUCGUUCAAUUAGGUUAAUUUAAGGCUAGAUUUGCAGCUUGGCCGUUGACUCUCUGAGUUCUAGGGGACCAGUUUGGAGACCAAUUUGCUAUUACGAGUGGCCGUUUGCUUGUGAUUCCCCCCUCGUGUUUGUUGCAGCUUCAGGGCAGUGAAGAUUGGAGUUGGAGGCAUUCUUGGAGCGGCAGAUUCUGGCUGAUUCUCAGGACAAGGGUUUGUAUGGUUGCUUGCCUUGAGGACCAGCACCAGGACGACUCAGUGGGUCAGUUUGGCGGCUGCUACGGUUUUCGCGGUGAAAGUUUUUUUUGGGGGGGGGCCGGUUUUGCCUCUCGAGGGACCUCGAUGUGAGACCGCCUCUUGCGGAAGAAGUCUUCGUUCUGCCCUGCAUCAAUCAGCAGCCUCUGCGGCAGCGCUCCCACCUUGCCCACUGACAGCCCAAAGGCAGAAAGCCAAGAGCAGCCUCAAGCCGAACAAAACUGGAGGAGGGGGCAGCUUAACUAGCCUGUGUCUGACCUCUCUCCCCAUCCCACCCACCCACCCUGCUCUCAGAGCUGCCCGCAGCACAAAGUUGGGUCGGUGUUAAAUCCAGGGGCGGUGGGUCUUAGAUGGGGGGUCGGUGUUGCAAUGUGGCACCAUUGGGUGUAAGGAUAAAGGGCCGGGCCAUCAGAUAAAACUUGCAUGUUGCUUCCGAGUGCCACAGACUUAACUACAAGCUGGACAUUUCCUGACUGUGUUCCAAGAGGCUUUUGCUCAUCCUGUUUUCCCAUUGUGCCCGCUACUCUCAUAAAGCAGGGACAUGUCUGAGGUGGCCCAUGGCCAGGAAACAGGUAGUCAGACACGUUAAACAUUUGCCAUGGAAUACAAUGCAAACUCGAACAAUGGCGAUCCACUGCAUUUAAAGAGACAGCACCCUAAUACGUGCCACAUCUAAACUAUCCCUGCACAACUACAGAACAUGCGGGAGGGACAGAGAGACCAACUCACUUUAGUUGUACCUAAACAUUAAUUUAAAUUGUUUCAUGAUAUACUGAGUUGUAUAACAAACUUCUGACGAUCGAGCCUGAAAAGUUAACUUUUAAAGGGGAUGUUUUAAAUUAUUGAACACAGCCUGUCAAAGGCAAAGAUAGGGGGGCUGUCUCCUUAAGAAGACAAUGUCUGGUUUGAAUUGAAUUUGAAGUGCGCACAAAAAAGGUUCUGAUCACACAGUGCAGUGUUGGUGCGAUGCGUUGUGGAACAGAAUGAAGGGCUUGCGAUGAAGGACUUUGAACACAUUUGUACCGGUCUGCGGUGGGCAGGCGGUGUGGCUGGUGGGAUGUGGAGUCUGCUUCACCCAGGCAGAGCAGAGCAGACACGUUGCGUAAGAUGGUGACCCUGCAUCAUUGCAUGCUCUGGUGGGGGAACAAACCACUGGGUUCCCAUUACAAUGCAGUCUCCCACUUGAAACAUCCAUCCAAGCCUCAUGAUGGUUUUAAUGUUCCUUUCUUCAAAUAGAGAUCUGUGGACGUGCUAUUGCUUUGAUUGCAGGGCCCUGAGAUAGAGGGACACUGCGCGUUGUUCCACUGUAUGUUUGUGGUCAGCUCAAAGAGAGACCAGGGCUUCCCCCACUUUGAACGUGAGGAGCAGGGGCUGAAGUUGGCUAUUGCCUUUUAUAACAAACCAAAGUGUGCAAGUAGCCUCUUAAGCUUAAAUACCAGUUGUGGUUGCCUUAGACAUUAGGAUGAAUGUAGCUAUUUAAUGCACUACUGCUACUACUGCGGCAACUGCAGCAAUGCAGGGCUGGGACUGGCUUUGUUACUAUAUGUUGCCAAUUUACUGCACAUUAUUAAUAGGCAUGUUGCAGGCGACGUCCAGCGUUUAUUUGUAUUUAUUGCUCUUCUUUAAACUCCCACAUGGUCAACCCUGGCAGUGCGGGGACCAGCUUGGUGUUUGCCAUGUUAGGAUGAGGUUGAAGGGGAUAGUCUCAUUGAGGAGACGGACCAUAGUUGGGGUCAGUAGAUCCCUAGUUCCACGUCCAGUUUCACCUUUCCCCGAGUGCUUGCUUGCAGCUGCAUUUGGUCAACAUUGGCUCAAUCCCCGAACCUCUAUCCCCCCCCACCUCGCGGGACUCCCGCCGCUGGUUUGUGGGGUUAGAGGAACAAGGGGUGCAUGCACUCCAUGCACCGUCUGUCCGCAGUCCCUGCACUGGUGGCUGCAUCGUGCAGCUCACCUAUCGCUCCUCCCCAACCAGUGAGAGGAACCAUCGUCACCAGAUCAGCCGAUGACUCCAACCAAAUAUAACUUGGAGGAAGAGAGGCAAGUGAAGGUUGCAGAUAGCCACAGGAAGAGCUUGACGGUACAUUGGUCUUGUCCUGAGCAGGUUUGGCCCCUGCAUAGAAGGGUGGGGAGGGGAGAUAUGGGUUAGUGGUACCAUUCCCUGCCUGUGCUUGUUGGCCUGCUGCAUGCAUAGUGUGCGUGGUGACUGUGUAUAUAUUAAAUGUACGUGCCGUUAGGAAGCACGAUAGAAGGUUUUGAAGUGACCCAAGCAUUCUAUGCUGAGGUACUUAGAUUCGCUGUAGGCUCUGACUUUAAUAUGUUUGUAGUUUCCGACCUGUUCCCACAAUGGGCCGGCAACGGUAAUGCUGGCUAGAUCUUCCCAUCGGCACAUCUAAGGACGAAGAUGGAACAGGUUGAUGUGUCUUUGUGUGUACGGUCAAGUCUUUGCAAGCUGCAAUCCAAGUGAGAUAUUUAGAUUAGCAGAAGAAAUGUGUCAAUUGUGUCGUGAUAAGGUUGUCGGGAUAUUAAGGGAUUUGUAUAGUAGUACGAGGGGUGUGUGCGUGAAUGAGGGAACUGACGAUUCUCCCUAGUCUUCGCCAGGAAGCAUUGGCGCUGUUGAUGAAAUGGACAAUGGAUUUUGGAAAAAGUGAUUCGCUGCGGGAGUCCAUGGUACCAGAGAUAGAUAGAGACAGGUCCCCACGGACAUUUCUCAGCACCCCAAUUCAGGUGGCCACUCAUCGAUAAGGAGUUGGAAUGUUUGUGUUGGCCUAAAUUAGGACACCUUGAUAGUGUCCUCUGUGAUGUUCAAAGGAAAGACUCUGAACUCUUGGAAGUUUUGCCUCUCAUCAUUCAUUCCUCCCACGCAUACCUGGACCACGGAAAGGGGGUUAAAUCGAGAUUGCCCGAUCUAGUAGACUUGAAUCUGACGUUCUUCCCCCAUUGACCCAACGACAGAGGCUGACUGCUGAUGUAUGCAUGGAGGAGAUCAGAGUUAAAAGAUUGUAUUUAAAGGGAAUAUUGUUCGUGUAGACGUGUUUAUAGGCACUAGGCACUCCAUCAUUUGGUGUUAUGAGACCAUUUUCCCUCAAAAGGAUCACAUCACGGCUAUCUUUGUUCGAGCUCCACCCUAACCAGUGCUAUUAUUGCACCAAUAUGCGUGACUCUGCUCUGAAAAGUUAAAACUAAUUUCCAAAUUUUUAGAAAUUUAAUGUUAUACUUUUUAGUUAAUAGUCUGGAAGUUGAUUGGUGGCAAAAGAAAUCAAAGGAGGUGGAGUACGGAAAAAAUAGCGAAUUUUAAUUGAUAAUAGAUUAAUUUUUAGUCUAAAACAUAAAUGCACUGGUUCUAACCAUGUUAGGCUUGGGUGCUGAUACUUGUACUCAUCUUGUGCAGGAAGGAACUGCAGAUGCUGGUUCAAGAUUCAAGAGAGUUUAUUAUCAUGUGUCCCUGAUAGGACAAUGAAAUUCUUGCUUUGCUUCAGCACAACAGAGCAUAGUAGGCAUUGAAUACAGAACAGAUCAGUGUGUCCGUAUACCAUUAUUAUGUUGAAACCAAAGGUAGACUCGAAAAGCUGGAGUAACUCAGCGGGACAGGCAGCAUCUCUGGAGAGAA